AUGGAGCACGCUUGUGGGCUUGGGCGCCACAGUCUGGGUUGUGCGUGUGUGCAUGUCCUCCUCCUCGUCCACACGAGCUCAGGCACCAAACAGCUGCUCCCAGAGGACCAAUUAUACAGAAGCAGGAUCACAGCGGAGACAGGAGUGAGAGAUGAGGAGGACACAGGGAGAGGAGGGAGUGUGGAGGGAGACGAGGAGGAGACAGGGAGAGGAGGGAGUGUGGAGGGAGACGAGGAGGAGACAGGGAGAGGAGGGAGUGUGGAGGGAGACGAGGAGGAGACAGGGAGAGGAGGGAGUGUGGAGGGAGACGAGGAGGAGACAGGGAGAGGAAUGAGUGUGGAGGGAGACGAGGAGGAGACAGGGAGAGGAGGGAGUGUGGAGGGAGACGAGGAGGAGACAGGGAGAGGAGGGAGUGUGGAGGGAGACGAGGAGGAGACAGGGAGAGGACUGAGUGUGGAGGGAGACGAGGAGGAGACAGGGAGAGGAGGGAGUGUGGAGGGAGACGAGGAGGAGACAGGGAGAGGAGGGAGUGUGGAGGGAGACGAGGAGGAGACAGGGAGAGGAGGGAGUGUGGAGGGAGACGAGGAGGAGACAGGGAGAGGAAUGAGUGUGGAGGGAGACGAGGAGACAAGGAGAGGAAUGACCCAGAUCCGGUCGCCCGCACUUCACACGUCUGUGGCGGAUCAGUGCUGGUCGAGCGCUCCGGCCGCGGGCUGA